AUGUCGGUACAAUUAUCAACGCCGCCAUCGAGCAAAGAUAAAUGCUCCGAGAAGGCCAUUACGCCAAAAUCCAGUAAGAAGAAGUUUUUCAGUAAUUUAUUGCAUCGGAAACAACGAAAUGAGACUUCACCGAAACAGGGACAGAAUGGUGGACCAUCUCGUGCUUCUUCGUCUAGUACUAAGGUCAGUUCAUCUCCGUCAUUGACAAAUAAACUUAAACAUCAAUCCUGGGUUUCCAAUAAUAGUAGUAGAACUACCAGAUCACAAGCUAGAGGGCGCUCAAAGGGACGGGAUAUGUCUGACAAUUGUAUAGAUGAUGAAGACAGUGUUUUUAAUUACGCCGAAGAUGAUGAAGUUGAUACUAAAAAUGUCUUUGAUAUGACCUCAUCAAACUCAUCAUUAUCACGAAUUACAUCUUCCCAUUCUAUUAAUAAUGAUCUAAGGGGAAGGCAUAAUAAUGUAUCAAAUACAAACAUUAGAGAAAUGAUGAACCUGAAAUUGCCAUCGAGUGAUUCACAAUCGCAACUUUGGGAUGGCUUAACUCCUGAAUCGCUAGUUAUGCCUCGAUAUGUGAAAACCCACAGAAGGAACAAGCAUAGUCCAAGAGCAUUAAAUAAUUUAUUUUUAGCACAAGAAUUGAAUGUUGAAUCGUGUGCUUCGAAGAAUCAUAAUGAUAAUGAUAGCAUUUCUAGCGAGAGCUUGAAACAAGGAACUUCAAGCGAUGAUGACCACGAUGAAAUUCUUUACGAGCAUGAAACGCAAGCUGCUGACGAAUUCUAUUCUAAUUCUCAAGGCUAUUCUAAAAGGCCAGCCCAUAAGAGACAAAACAAAAACGAUUAUAACGAAGUUUAUGUUAUGGAAUUCAGUAGGGAUGGAAAAUAUUUGGCAGUCGCUGGUCGAAAUUCAAUAAUUAAAAUUUGGAAAGUUAUAUCGUCGCCCUUGAGCAGAUUGGAACAAAAUAAUGAAGAAGCCAACUAUAAUGACAAAUCUAAGAAGACAAAUAAGAACCUUUAUCGGGGAGCUCCAGUUUUUCAUCAAGCUCCAGUGAGGGUUUUCAAGGGCCAUACCCAUAGCGUUUUAUCCUUAGAUUGGAGUAAGAAUAACUUCUUGAUUUCGGGUAGUAUGGAUAGACUGGUCAAAUUGUGGCAUGUAGAUAGACUGGAUUGUCUAGAAACAUUUCAAAAUGACGAUUUUGUCACUACAGUCAAGUUUCAUCCAACGGAUGAUAGAUUUUUCUUAAGUGGAUCUUUGGAUAACCAAGUUAGACUUUGGUCAAUUUUGGAGAAGAACAUAGCAUAUAAUAAAGAUUUGGGAGAUGAUAUUUUGAUCACAGCUGCUUCUUUUACACCUGAUGGCCAGCAUUGCAUUGUUGGUGGGUUUAAUGGUUCAUUAUUCGCUUUAGAGAUCAACGGGUUGCAUGUAAUUAAUAGAUUCGAGGUGAAAGAGAAGUCUUUUGUACAUUCGUUUCAUAACAAAAAUGGUAAUAAAAUCACAGGAAUUAAGAUUUUUGAGAGUAGAGAGUACUCAAGGCUAAAAAUCGUGGAUGACGAUCCUUUGGCAAAGUGGAAUUUUUUGAUCACAACUAAUGAUUCAAAAAUUAGACUAGUAAAUUCUGAUCUGAAAAAGUUAGUCACCAGAUUCAAAGGUUUAACUAAUAAUAGUUCAUCAAUAGUCGCAGAUAUGACCGACGACUUUCAUUACAUUGUUUCAGGAUCUGAGGAUCACUGGUGCUAUAUCUGGGAAAAUAAUAACUCAAUUAUCAAUAAUAAAUUAAAAUUAGCUUUAAAAGACUUAGUUUUAGAAGGAAAAAAUCACAUUAAUGAUUUGCAAAGUAAGCAUAAAUCGUAUGCAAAUUUAAUUCAUAAAAAUCCUUUGAUGAAAAAGCUAAAUGUUCAGAAGUAUUUGGACGAUGAAGAUUCUAUUGAAUAUGUUGCGAAUGAAAAUAAUAGUUAUGUGGCAUUUCAUCCACAUCAUUCGAAGGUCAAUGUUGCAGUUUUCGCUCCUGAAAAUACCAAAAAAUUAUUAGAAUUAUCAGAUGAUCUAAUUUUUGAAUUAGUUAAGAGAGGUAAAAAGUAUAAUUUAAUUAAGGAUGAGGAUGAUGAAGUCCAAAAGUAUGAUAGUUCAGGUGAUAUUUUGAGCGAAAAUGGUUUAAAUGGUGGUCAUAUUAUAGUUACAACAGACCAGUAUGGCUUAAUUAGAGUUUUCAGACAAGAUCCAGCUUACGAGAUUAGAAAAAAGUUGAGAGAUAUCCUUAAACUGAAGAAAGAUGUUUGCUGUCCAAAAAACAAAAGCGACUGUAAGAUCAAUUCAACUAGCCAAUUGGGUGAUUCAAAAAUGAAUAAAAAUGAUUUGAGAUUGGAUUUGCCCCACAGUUAUAGUACAAGGCUGAUGCAGAAUAGCAGUCUAAGUCCCUCUCGCGAAGGAUAUUUUUCUUUGAAAAAUAAAAUUCACAGUAGGAUUAAGGGAAACGGUAACGGAGUUUCAAACAUGAAUUGUAGCUUAUCUGCUAUGACUGGUAAAGGUACUUCGUCAAGCAUGUACCAAAUUUCAGAUAACAGGUCAUCUUCUCAAUCAAAUUUGCCAAGAUACAUUUCUUCCAGCUCGCUAGUUAACGGAACACCAUCGCAUAAGGCAUCAUCAUCGGGGAUAAUGUCGCAAGUAGAUGCAACAAUCGAUAUAAGAAAUGAUGAAGUUGACUCUUUGUCUGAAAAAUCAUAUAUACCAGAAGCUGGGAAUACUAGCUUAAAAGCUCCUGAAUCAGCUUAUACUUUGACGCUUAAUGAUGAUAAAUCGACUAGCACCUUAACUACUGCACCCCCUGUUUCUUCUACGAAACAUGAAGCGUUCCCAGCUUUUGAUAAUCAAAAGAAAGAAAUCCCAUUAUUAAUUAAUACUGGUAGCACUGUUGACAAUGAAGAGGAUAAGCCUGAGAUUAUUAAUUUUCAGACUCCUGUAAAUAAUGGUAGGAAUAUGGAUAGGGCGUUUGAGGACCCAAACUUGUAUAACACUUCAUUUAAUAAUGCUCAGAGCAAUGGAGAGAAUGAACAUAAAUGA